UCUCUCAUUGCAUGCGUCAGGUUCACAUGCACUUGGCCAAAUCCCACAGGGAAAGGCGGAAAAAAACUAGUAGAAGACUGCACCAAUGACCCAAGGGUCGUUGAAAUUGACCAUGAAAGUUCAUGUAUGGUUCUUUUGACUCCCAAAAGAUCGAUGGUGUUUUGGUUGGAAACUGAUGCAUUUCUCACAACCCCGUUUCAUAUGUAUGGAUAUUUAUAGCUUUGGAGUUGUUGUCUUUUGGGAAGUGGAUUAAGUACUUCAACCAUAUAUCUUGGCAUUUUUUGGUUUUUUUGGAGGUUUUCUGAUAUGGGUUUGUGGGGAAAUUGGAAUUGGGGAGGUGGUGUUGCAGUUGAGGAUGUUGACUGCUGUUUUAGGUUUGAUUAAUAAUAUAUAUGUAUGUUUGGCUUUUGGAUUUGAAGAGUAUUCUUGGGUUUCUUUGGGUUUCUGCAUUAGUUUUUGGGAGUUGACAGAGAGAAGAGAAGAGAGGUGUUGAAAUGGGUGCCGCUGUUCAUUUGGGAGUUAUGAAGAUUAGUUUCAGCUUGAUUGUUCAGACAAAUACUGUUUCAUCAUGUUUAAGUUGAUUCAUUGUAAGACCAUUUUGCAGUUUGAGGAAGCUCUUCAUCAUCUCCUCUCUUCUGGUAUACAUAAAGAUGGGCUUCCCACAUCGGACGAAAUUGCUUUUGUCCCUAUUCUCCAUUCUCACACUUUCAGUCUUAAACUUCACACAAAUUUCAGGUUUAUCAGGAAGACAAUUGCUUCAAACAGAGAAUGUCUCAGAACCCAUUAGACACUCAGAUGACACAGUAAGGGUGGACCCUUUAGACCAUUUCAACAAGUACAGAGGAGGCUACGACAUCACAAACAAGCAUUACUGGAGUUCAACCAUAUUUACGGGCGUUCCGGGGUAUGCCAUUGGAGUUGUGUGGCUUCUGUGUGGUGUUGGAUAUGGAGGAUUUCUGCUGGUAACCACCAUCUGGUGUAAAAGGGACAAGAGAAAGCUGAAGAAGAAGAGAUCACCCUGCUACAAGCAGUGUUACCUAUGGCAUAUCCUCCUGGCUUCAUUCUUCACAAUUCUGGCAAUAGUGGCGUCCGGAUUGGUUCUUGGAGGGAAUGCAAAAUUCCAUUCCAGAGCUCGAACGGUGGUGGAUAUCAUCAUGGAAACAGCGAAUAAGGCAUCGGGAACCAUCUAUAACACAACAGGGGCAAUGAGAAACAUAAGACAGAAUUUAGAAACAACUGAUGUAGGUGCUGAAGCUUCUAACUUCCUCACCUCCACAUCAGAUAAACUCGAUGUUGAAGCUGCAGGUAUAGAGAGACAAGCUAGGAAGAAUAGGCGGUUGAUUGACAAGGGCCUGAAGAUAGUGUAUAUAAUAACUACUGUGACCAUUUCCUUGAACCUGGUUGCUGUCAUUGCCCUCUCAGUUUCUGGGUUUCUGAAGUUCAGGAGGGCACUCUACUGGCUCAUUGUGUUCUGCUGGUUCCUAACAUUUCUGUGCUGGUUGUUCUUUGGGAUAUAUUUUUUCCUGGAAAAUUUCUCGAGUGACACAUGCACAGCUCUUGAAGAUUUCCAACAAAAUCCAUACAACAACAGUCUGAGCUCGAUCCUUCCAUGCGAUGAAUUGCUUUCUGCAAAAUCAGUCCUGUCAAACGUUAGUGCAGGAAUAUACGAUCUUGUAAAUGAGGUGAAUACAAACAUAUCAUCCCUACAGCAAACAUCGUCUCUAAACCUCGCUCAUGUCUGCAAUCCUUUCUCAGCACCACCAGAGUACCAAUACCAGGCCGGAAACUGUCCAGCUAAUACAAUUCCAAUAGGCGAAAUUCCUCAGGUAUUGAAGGUAUUUACUUGUUCUGACACCGACAAUGGGACAUGCAACAAUGGAGAAUUCAUCUCCACUAGCCACUUUAAAACAGUGGAAGCUUACACAACUGCAAUCCAGAGCCUACUGAAUGCAUACCCAGGUAUGGAAGAUCUCAUAGAAUGUCAGACAGUUAAGGAUGCUUUUUCAGAGAUCCUUAUUAAACACUGUAAACCAUUGAAGAGAUACAUUCGGAUGGUUUGGGUUGCAAUGGUUUUUUUGUCAGUAAUUAUGGGAGUUUUGGUUCUGGUCUGGACGACACAAGCUCAUCAUGAGCAAAACUAUCAUUCCUCAGAUGGAUCAGUGAAACCCCACAUUCAAGUAGCAAAUAUGCUGGACUCUGGACCAGCUAAAGCAAGUAACAGUAGCUCAGAAAAUACUUCAGUCUAAUAAAUAGCAAUCAGUCAGAUUAUAGAAGGAAGACAUACACACAAGCAAGUUAUAGAAAUUCUGGAAUGAGAUCAAAAUACAAGUUUGUCAAACAAAUUCUGCAAAUUUGAUGCAAGGUACAAGUUUGCACAGGCAAAUACACAAAAAGAUCAAAAUAUAUAGAAGAAUAAAGAGAUGAUAAUAUCUCCAUAGAGAAGAUGAGAUUCGUACUGAGUGACAAAUUCUUUGUACAAGAGAAACAGAUACACAAUUUUUUCCUUCUUUUUUUCUUUAUUUUUUUUUUGUCUAGGACCAACCCCAUAAAGGAAUGUAAGGAGAUUGGUCAAGCAAUAAUAUAUUUGGUUAAAUCAAUUUCAAAUUAGCAACAUGAUAAAUCCAUAAAAGCAGCUUAUGCUUUGUCCA